AUGUGGCAAAAAGCUGGUCAAGGAGCGUCUGUAAUUGAGCUUGAUCAAGCAAACAACAUUGAAUCUUUCAAAAAAGGCGUUGAUUUUUACCAUCGCUUUCCAGAAGACAUUGAAUAUAUGAAAAAAGCCGGUUUAAAGUUACGCGAAGCAAAAAUAGAACCAAUAGUUACGAUUUAUCAUUUUGAUUAUCCUCUUGCCCUAGUAAAAAGAUAUGGCGGCUGGAUAUCGAAAAAAAGUAUAGGUGAUUACUUAUCAUAUUGUCGCUAUUUAUUUGAACAAUUAGGAAAUCAAGUCAAAUAUUGGAUAACCAUUAAUGAGCAAGAUCACGUUAUAAAAAUUCCAACAAGAUUAGGGAUUAAAUCAGAUUCUUUUGCUAAGCAUAUGCAAGAAUGCUACCAAGCUAAUCACAACAUGUCAGUUGCCUCAGCAUUAGCCAUAAAAUUGUGUCAUGAAAUGAUUCCAGAUGCAAAAAUUGGACCAGCUCUUUCUUACCAACCAUAUUAUCCUGCAAGCAACCAAUUAUCAGAUAAAAAGGCAGCUCAGUAUGCUGAUCUUUUAACUCAAAAAUAUUUGUUGGAUUUACAAUGCAAAGGCUUUUAUUCACAAGAGUUUAAAAACUAUUUGCAAUGGAAAAAUGUUAAUCUAGAUAUUAAAGCAAAUGAGUUAGAUGAAAUUAAGCAAAACCACCCGGAUUUUAUUGGAAUUAAUUAUUAUUCAAGCAAUAUAGUUCAAUAUUUGCCACCCGAGAAUAAAUACGGUCAAAUUGAAGGUCAUCCUGUACCCAAAAAAAGAGUUUGGGCUCUAUGA